CUGUAAGGGGCAGCGGUUACAGCCUGUCUCAUAUGUCAGUGCACUGUGGAGUCUCCAGGCAGCUGCUCUCUGAUCUGCUUGUAGACGACAUCAUUAAGGUCAUGCCAUCUAAUCCUAGCGACCUCGAUAUCACAGCAGGUUUGAUGACCCAUUCAAAGGCUGGUUGCUUGCACUGAAAAUGACCCUGCCUCUCCGCCGUGCAGGAAUGGCCACUACUGGGAACCUUUCAGAAGAGCAGGUGCACUGCUCCAUCUGUCUGGACGUCUUCACCAACCCCGUGUCCAUCCCCUGCGGACACAACUUCUGCCAGAGUUGCAUCCUAGGAUACUGGAAAAGCAGUCCUUUGUAUCAGUGUCCUAUGUGCAAGAAGUCCUUCUACAAAAGGCCCGAUAUUAGUGUCAACACUGUCUUGAGGGAAAUUGCAGAGCAGUUCAAGGAGAUUAGGAUUAAAAGCAUGGAAGGGAAGGGAAGCAAGGAAGAGGGAGAAGGGAAAGAAAGGAAGUGGACAAUAGAAAGGAGGAAAAGGGAGGAUGAGGAGAGGCUUUUGGAGAAAGACCAGAAAGAGCAGCUUUUGGAGGAGCUGAAGCUGAAACAAGAGGAGAAGAGAAAGAAAGAGGGAGUGAAGGAGAAACAAGGAGAGAAGAGGCCACAGCAAGAAGACUUACCACCUUUAAUCCCUCCAAUUUCACCUCCAAAGACCUCUCCUCCACUGGCACACCAAGCCACAGCACAAGAGCCACCGCCUCCACUUCCCCAAACAUCACCCCCACCCUCACCUCAAAUCUCUGCUUCUCAACUUCCUCAGACCUUACCAUCUCCUUCUUUCUCUUCGCUCCAAUCUCAAUCUUGGGAGGAAGUCUUGUGCGACGUUUGCCUUGGAGAAGGUAGGCCGAACGCGGUCAAAUCCUGCCUGGUGUGUCUGACUUCAUACUGCGAGGAGCAUCUGAAAUGUCACUCAGCCCGCUUCACUAAGCACAAGCUGAUGGAGCCCGUUGCCAACAUGGAGGACAGGAUGUGUCCGAAGCACGAGAGGCUCCUGGAGCUGUUCUGUAAGAAGGAUCAGAUGUGCGUGUGCGUCCUCUGCACCGAGACGGACCACAGGGCUCACUACACAGUCCCUGUGGAGAGAGAAUGGACAGAGAAAAAGGCACAGCUUAAGAGGACAGGAAUAGACGUUCAGCAGAUGAUCCAGGACAGAGUGAAAAAGGUGGAGGAGAUCAAACACUCUGUAGAGCUCAAUAAAGCCAGUGCUCAAAGAGAGAUUGAGGAAAGCAUGCAGGUCUUCUCGGAGCUGGUGCGCUCCAUCCAGAAAACUCAGGCCGAGCUGGUUUUGGUCAUCGAGGAGAAGCAGAGGCAGACGGAGAGGUGGGCUCAAGGCCUCAUUACUGAACUGGAACAGGAAAUCACUGAGCUAAAGAGGAGGAACACAGAGUUGGAAACCGUUGCUCGGACUGACCACAUUCAUUUCUUAAAGAGCUUCCCGGCCCUCAGCACUCCACCAUCUGUUAAAGACUGGUCUGAGACCAGUGUUCCCACUGACACAUGUGUUGGCAUGAUCAGAAAAUUAGUGUCCAAACUAGAGGCGACGUUGACUGAAAUGAUUGACAAACUGUCUGACAGUGAGAUCAAAAAAGUUCUGAAAUAUACAGUGGAUGUGACUCUUGACCCUGACACAGCUAACCCGUGGUUGCAGCUCUCUCAGGAUAGACAUCAGGUGAGACACCUGGGUGCCUGGCAGGACCUCCCGGACCACCCCGAUCGCUUCGACACGGUGGUUAUAGUAUUGGCCCAUGAGGGCUUCACUUCUGGCAGACACUACUGGGAGGUCCAGGUGGGGGAAAAGGAUGACUGGUACCUUGGUGUGGCGAGGUCAUCUGUUAACAGAAAGGGCAGGAUCUCUGUAAGCACCACCCAAGGCUAUUGGGCUCUGGCCAUGAAGAAAGGCCAGGGAUACAGAGCGUCAACAUCCCCACCAUCACUGCUCUCCCUCGACCCUAAGCCCAAGAGAGUGGGCGUGUAUGUGGACUACGAAGAAGGCCAAGUGUCGUUUUAUGAUGUGAGAGCACGGACCCAUAUUUACACCUUUGAGGAUACCUUCACUGAAAAAAUUCUUCCAUUUUUCUACCUGUACUGCUGUGACAAAGCCUCUGACACCAUCGUCAUCUGUCCUGUGAAUGAGAAACAUCUGAUCAAGCAAAGCUAAGGACAUAAAAACAAAAGUUGUUGUAGCUAUACCCGAUUUAAUUACAUGUGAACUGUAGCUAAAUAUGUUAAUUAUACAUCCUGUGAAUUUGUAGCCAACAUGCUUGUAAAACACAAACCUCAAAUGACGUUCUGGUAAAAAGAAACAGUGUUGACAAAUUUUGUAUUUCAAGAUUGUUUGCAUAUUAAAUACAUUGUGAUUUGAUUAGCAUUAAAAACUGGGUGUGCAGGAAGACAAAUCAUAA